AUGUUACAGCUGUGUGCAAUGGGAACCAGAGUCUUGGGGUCUGCCCUAUACAAAGAAGAGACGCUGAUGGACUCCACAACGGCAACAGCAGAGCUGGGCUGGACAGUGCAUCCUCCAUCAGGGUGGGAAGAGGUGAGUGGGUACGACGAGAACAUGAACACGAUUCGCACCUACCAGGUGUGCAACGUGUUUGAAUCCAGCCAAAACAACUGGCUCCGGACCAAGUACAUCCGGAGGCGAGGAGCACACCGCAUCCAUGUGGAGAUGAAAUUUUCUGUUCGGGACUGCAGCAGCAUCCCUAAUGUCCCAGGAUCCUGCAAGGAGACUUUUAACCUCUACUAUUUUGAGUCAGACUUUGACUCGGCCACCAAGACUUUCCCUAACUGGAUGGAGAAUCCUUGGAUGAAGGUGGAUACUAUUGCUGCUGAUGAGAGCUUCUCGCAGGUGGACCUAGGUGGACGGGUGAUGAAGAUUAACACAGAGGUGCGCAGUUUUGGGCCUGUCUCCAAGAAUGGUUUCUACUUGGCCUUCCAGGACUACGGAGGAUGCAUGUCCUUGAUUGCUGUCCGCGUCUUCUACCGAAAAUGUCCCCGCGUGAUCCAGAACGGGGCUGUCUUCCAAGAAACCCUCUCGGGAGCAGAGAGCACCUCACUGGUGGCAGCCCGAGGGACGUGCAUCACCAAUGCAGAGGAGGUGGACGUGCCGAUCAAGCUGUACUGCAACGGGGAUGGCGAGUGGCUGGUGCCCAUUGGCCGCUGCAUGUGCAGGGCGGGCUAUGAGUCCGUGGAAAAUGGGACCAUCUGCAGAG